GUCAGUUUUACUUUGUCCGUGAAAUCCGAAGCUCUCAGUGAAGAAUGAAACUCCUACUCCUUGUUCUCCUCUUGCCAGCCAUUGCUUACGCAGGCCUGGUCACUCAUUACCCAUGUACCAACAGCUAUUCUAAUGGAGUUCCUGAUGUUCCUGCCUGGGUUGAGGUUGAGGGAUGUGAUGAAUUCGAAUGUAUAGUUCAUGAAGGCGAUAUAUUGCACUUGAUUGCUGCUUUUGCUCCACAAAGUACUCAUCACAGACUUGAAUUCUGGGUACGUGUCUUCUUGGUGGGAGUUCCGCUGCCAAUUGAGCAACCACCAGGUCUUGAUGAUGCCUGUCCACUCAUCAAUGGCGGAUGCCCAAUUGUAGCCGGACAGGGUGAGACUACCGCUGACGUGUAUAUGGAAGUGGACUUGCCAAAUAUUCCAAUUGCUGUAACGGUUCGAGCUGAGGUUAGUCUUCGUGAUCUUGAUGAUGGUGGAACUGUUGUAUGCGGUGGUGUUGAUAUUACUGCUGGAUAAUUUCAAAAGAAAGACACCGCAAUCAAUCCGCUUUUGAAUUAUACAUAUUUCGGCAAAAAUUAAGCAAGAAUGCGGAGUACUUUUCUAUAAGUGUUUCUACAACAAUUCUUUUUAUUUUGAUUAAAUGAAAUGUUUAAACAA